AUGGGGUUCGAUGAUAAAAAAGGUAUGGACAUUGCCUAUGAAGAGGCUGUCAAAGGUUAUGAAGAAGGUGGUGUUCCAAUUGGUGGUUGUUUAAUUAAAGAAGAUGGUACUGUCUUAGGAUCUGGUCAUAAUAUGAGAUUUCAAAAAGAUUCAGCAACUUUACAUGGUGAAAUCUCAACUUUAGAAAAUUGUGGUAGACUAAAAGGUAAUGUCUAUAAAGACUGUACUAUGUACACCACAUUAUCCCCAUGUGAUAUGUGUACUGGUGCUAUUAUUAUGUAUGGUAUCAAAAGAGUCGUUAUGGGAGAAAAUGAUACUUUUGUCGGUGGUGAGGAUUACUUGAGACAAAGAGGUAUUGAAGUUGUCAAUUUGAAUGAACAAAGAUGUAAAGAUAUCAUGAAUAAAUUCAUCAAAGAAAGACCACAAGAUUGGAAUGAAGAUAUUGGUACUGAAUAA